AUGACAUAUAUACUUUUCUCACACGUAAUCCUAACACGUCUCAGCUUAACCGGCCUUACAGCAAACACCUGUAUAUCUGCCAGUCUCACAGACACCUCGCAUAAGAGAACAAGGAUGGAAAAAUUACCAUAUCACCCGCUGGCAAUUGUGACUAAGGAAGACAUACAGAAUACACGGCUGCUGUAUGGUGUUAAUGAUUCUAAGAAAUUAAAAGAGAGCUUGGAUGCGGUGCAAGAAUGGUGUCAAAAGCAAGAUCAUCUCAAAGAUUCCUGCAAAUAUUUAAAUCACACGGUUUUAGAAAGGCUGUUUCUGAUUUCCAAGGGUUCCAUCGAAGUAACAAAACAAAAGUUAGAUAAGUUAUUAACAUCGCGCGGAAUGAUGCCCGAGUUACUGUUAAAUCGGAAAAAUGAAGAAUUUGAGGGGCUUUUGAAUUGUGUGAACUAUAUACCGCUUCCAAAACUUUGUCGCAGCGAUCAGUCCAGGGUCAUGAUCACACAGUUCUUGACGGACAAACUCGAUGAAUUUACAUUAUUAGGCUACUUUAGAUACGGUUUUAUGAUAGGAGAAUACAGAACCAAUUAUGAUAACACUGUAGCGGAGAGAUACAUAAUAGACAUGGAAAAAGUUAAUAUAAAUAUAUUAAGUAAACUUAAUCCGAUUGUUAUAAAGAAAGCCGAAAUAUUAUGCACAGAAGUAAUCGGUGUGAAAAUCAAAGGUAUUCAUAUAUUAAACGCACCAGCGUUUGUGGAUAAAGUAGUGUUCGUGAUGAAACAAGCGCUUAAGGAAAAAAUUGCCAACCGAAUUCUUGUGCACAGUACAUACGAAGAACUCCAUCAGCAUAUACCCAAAGAAAUACUUCCAAAGGACUAUGGUGGUGAUGAAGAAUGGUGCUCUGAGUUAGCAAAGCAAUGGCAACACGUACUUCAAGGCGAGGAGGCUAAAAAAAUUAUAAAGGAAUUCGAGUGUUUGGUGAGCGAUGAAACUUAUCGGCACAGUUCCAAAUUUAACGAGGAGUACAUGGGUGCACGGCCGGGUGCAGCGAUGCGAGAAUAUGAUUUGGAUAAACCGGGACUAGUGGAUCAAGCCGUUGAUGGUUUAGAGGAAUGGAUGAAGAAGCAGAACCAUUUUAUUAAGAAAGAUUUUUCUAGAGAAUAUUUAGAAAGAAAAAUAAUUUUUUGUAAAGGCUCAGUGGAGCGAGCGAAAAAGAAAUUGGACCGAAACUGUACGCUUAAAACUCUAAUGCCGUCUUUCUAUGAAACAAUCAAUUUAAAGACUGAUUAUAAGGAUUCAAGUAUUUUACUUGAUGCUGUAUUACCCAAGCUUACUGAAGAUCAUUAUAGAAUUUACUUACUAAGAAACAUUGGCCAAAGAUUUGUGAACGGAAUGACUAAUUAUUUUCGUUUCAUUAUUUUGAUUGCCGAAUACAUCAUUGCACAUGAUUACAUGAAAGGUAUGAUCAUAAUACUGGAUUAUACACACACUAAUCUGUUUGAACUUAUAAAGAAAUUAGAUGUUGUAGAACUUCGACAAGCAAUUACUAUGCUAAUCGAAGGAUAUGGAAUGCGUAUUAAAGGAAUUCAUAUUAUAACUCCAUCAAAAGCCGUCGAAACAGUAGUCGCAAUAUUCAAACAAGUUCUCACCGCAAAACUGGGUGAACGAAUACAAAUCCAUAGCAACUACGAAUCCCUGCACAAAGUGGUUUCAAAAGAUGUUUUACCAGUUGAGUAUGGAGGAAACGAGAGAUCGAUUGCUGAACUUCACGAACAAUGGGUGAAUAUUUUAAGUUCAAAUGAAUUCCAAGAAUACUUUCGAGAAAUGAGAGGAGCCGCAACUAAUGAAAAGUACAGACAGGCAGACAAACUCAACGAUGAAUACAUGGGCAUAGCGGGCACAUUUAGAACAUUAAGUUUCGAU